UUGAUCCAUCGACUUAUUUAAAUUCAUUUCAACACAAAUAUGUUAGGUAGUGAAAAAUGCAGUGUUUUGUGUUUUUAUUUUAUGUUUAUUUUAUUGUCCAUCAAUGCUUUUGUAAUGAGAACAAUUAUAGCAACGUAAAUCAUAAUCAUGAUGCUCAAAUUGGUUCCAAUUGCGCGUGGAAUGGACUAAAUGGUACAUGUACCCGUUUGAUAGAUUGUCCAUCAGCGCAGGAUGCCAUUAAUAAUAGACGUUACCCAUCAAUAUGUUCCUUCGAAGGAGUAACGCCUAUAGUAUGCUGCACCGUUCCAGAAUCUGCACAAAAUAAUAGUAACUCUUCGUACAUCCCCGAUCGAAGUUCAGAACAUAAAAGAAGAAAAUCGGAGGAACAAUGUAUGGAAUAUAUAAGAACUUUAUCGUAUACCUGCUCAGACCCUUCUGACUACUUUCGAUAUAGUAGCUACAAUGCAUUAGACGUGGCGACACCAUUUGAAUCACCCGGUACGGAAUCGUCGACAGUAUCCGGGUCUGACGGAUCCACAGAAUAUUAUACACAGAAUAUACCUGUAAUACCACCCGGCUUCUCUUCUGCUCCUCCAUACGUCGAAAUCCCACAUCAUCAGUAUCCUCCGUACCCUGUUCCACCCAUCGCAUUUGGAAUACCAGCUCGUCGGAACCAGUAUCCACAUAUGGCGCUCUUGGGCUACGGAGAAACGGUAGAAACAGCGCAAUGGCUUUGUGGUGGUUCCAUCAUCAGCAAGAACUUUGUCUUAACUGCUGCACACUGCAUUUCCAGCCCAAGUUUUGGGCCAAUAAAGUACGCAGCGUUCGGUAUCCUCAAGAGGUCGGACCCUCUAAAAUAUUGGCAUACCUACAAUAUCACGAGAGUGAUCCCUCACCCGGAGUACCUGUCUCCUCAUAAAUAUCAUGACAUCGCCCUCCUUGAGACCGAGGUUCCGAUACAGUUCGAUCAUUAUUUUGUGCUACCAGCCUGUCUGUAUGUGAAGACUGAACCAGACUUUGAAGCAGAAGCUACUGGUUGGGGUGCCCUUGGGCAUCACCAGGGUCUCGCAGAUGUCUUGCAAACCGUGACUCUUAGAAAGUAUGACACACAGACCUGCUCCAAGCUGUACCCGAAGCACCGACAUCUAGUAAAUGGUUUCGAUGAAGCCACUCAAUUGUGCUACGGAGAUGACAAUGAUCCUAAAGACACCUGCCAGGGUGACAGUGGAGGACCAUUGCAGGUGAAGGAUCAAGAAAAAUGUUUCUACAGAAUUCUCGGUGUCACAUCUUAUGGCAGACAAUGUGGGCGGACGGCUGGUUCCGGCAUCUACACCAAGGUCUCCCAUUAUAUACCGUGGAUUGAAAGCAUUGUGUGGCCAUAGACUCAUGGCGUCACAUGUCCGAAGUCAACGGAUGACGUCAUAAAAUCCUACAUCGCACAUGCGAAGUUUACAAGCGAA